AGGCCCGUUACAAUAACGGGUGCUCUAGUUGGGCUGUGCUCUGCACCGCCGCCCGCGGCUCCAGCCGGGCCCGCUGCCCGGCUUCCCCCACCGCCUCCUUCAGCUGGGCCCGCCGCCUCCUCCGGCUUCCUCCCGGGCCGGGCCGCCUUCCCUGGCCUCUCCCCCCGACUCCUCCCGGCCGGGUCCACCGCCUCUUCCGGCCGAGCCCGCGGCUCUGGCCUCCUCCGCCUUCCCCCGGGCCCGCUUCCCCUGGGCUGGGCAGCCUUCUCCGGUCUCUCCCUCCGCCUCCUCCCGGCCGGGCCCACCGCCUCUUCUGGCUGAGCCCGCGGCUCCGGCCGGGCCCACCGCCUCCCGGGCCCGCCGCCUUCUCUCUCCCUUCUUCUUGGGAGGCGGGUUGAGGCAGCGCUCAGGGGCGUGUCAGACACAGACGCAGAUUCUCCAGGGGGUAGGUGUGGUGCCUGAAGAAGCUUCUUACUAAGAGUGACCAAGACAGCAGACAUGGUUUAAAUCAGAGUGAUGCACUCCUUGAAGCAGCUACAAGUGCUUCCAUUUUUGUAGAAGAUGCUGGCUGACAGAGUACUGUCGGAUCUCAAGGGGGAUCUUUACAAGGACCUGACGUUUCCAGCUAAUGACGAUUCUCUCUUCUUUAACUACUCUACUCCGUUGGCUCAUUUCAGGGAGGAGAUCUGUUGGCUGAGACCUCAGGAGAUUUGUUCUACACCUCGAUUAUUUUCAGACGAUCAGCAUGAGUGGCAAGUCAAGCAAGGGAUGCUGGGAGAUUGCUGGUUCCUGUGCGCUUGUGCUGCUUUGCAGAAGAGCAAAUACCUUUUGGCAAAGGUGAUACCUCCAGGCCAACCCAGCUGGAGGGAUGAGAAAUAUAGAGGCUGUUUCACGUGUCGGGUCUGGCAGUUCGGACAUUGGGUGGAGGUCACCAUAGAUGACAGGCUGCCUUGCCUUGGGGGCAAACUCUGCUUCUCACAGUGCCAGACAGAAGAUGUGUUUUGGCUCCCCCUGCUGGAAAAGGCCUAUGCCAAGGUGCAUGGAUCUUAUGAACAGCUCUGGGCAGGCCAAGUUGCGGAUGCUCUGGUUGAUCUGACUGGAGGCCUGGCAGAGAGGUGGGCCCUCAAAGACGUGGGCCGAAGUACAGAAAAGGAGAGAGCGGGCAAAGUCUUGGAGAAAGCAGUAUUUCGGAGACUGAUGAACCUGAAGGAAAAAUGUGUCAUGAGCUGUUCUGUCUUCAGCUCACGGCAAGGUACCAGCGAACUGGGAGAGUUUCAUGCCUUCAUUGUUGUAGACAUGCAGGACCUCUCAAAAGUGUCCAGGAAGGAAGUCGUCCUGCUGAGGAUACAUAACCCUUGGGGGAGACGCUGCUGGAAAGGGCCCUGGAGGGAGGGUGGUCCAGGGUGGAGCCAACUGGAUCCAGUGGUUGCUGCAGAACUGCUGUCUCAGAUCCAGGAAGGAGAAUUCUGGGUUGAGGAGGAGGAAUUUUUUGCUGAAUUUGAUGAGAUCAUAACCGGGUAUCCAAUUACUGAAGAAGGACAGCUUCAAAGUCUUUACACAGACAGAGUACUGGGCCAUACCCAGAAACUGUAUGGCUCGUGGGUGAGGGGACAGUCUGCCGGUGGCUGCCGCAACAACAGCACCUUCUCUACAAACCCCAAGUUCUGGCUGAGGGUCUGUGAGCAGAGCGAGGUGUGCAUUGCCCUCCUGCAGAAGCAUCGGAAGUACAGCACUGACUGGGCCGGCCGAAUUCGGAACUGGCCCCGCUUAGUGGAAUCGGAUCCACCUUUGACUGACGGCAUCCGAGGGAAGAACUACCAUGCGGUGGGGCUACAUAUCUGGAAGGUUGAGAAGAAACAAUUUAACCUGCCAAAAACUCUCUCUGCACCCCCGAUUUCAGGCACUGUUUGCCAUUCCUACAACCGAGAAGUGCACCUGCAUUGUGAUCUUUCUCCCGGGUAUUACCUUGUCAUUCCCAGCACCUUUCUGAACGAUGCUGAGGGCAAUUUCCUGCUUCGGGUCUUCUCCAGCGGAAGAAUCUCCCUCAGUGAGAUAAAACUGUCAUCUGCUGACAACACCAUCCAUGAAGAGCUCCCGGGAGGCGAAUGGGAGACAGCCACACUGGAGGGAUGCUGGAGGAAAGGACAGACUGCCGGUGGCAGCAGGAACUUCCCGUCUUUCCACACCAAUCCCUGCUUUCCACUCUCCAUUCCUGCAGGGGUGGGACAGAGCAGUGUCAAGGUUGCCCUUCGCCAGCAUUGCUCAGAUAACAAGUGCCGUCCAAUAGGGUUUCAUGUCUUCCAGGUCCCCAGUGACAACAACAACGUGAAGAUGCCUCCCUCUUCUUUCCUCCACUUGGAGCCCGUGAUUAGCUGUGUGCCCCACUGCUACUCUCAGGAAGUAAGCCAGCUGUGCCGCCUGCCUUCAGGGAAUUACGCCAUUGUUCCUUCAACAUACUUGCCUGACACAGAAGGCAACUUCUCCGUGAUCAUAGCAACCAAGAUAGACAGGAAAAGCAUUCGGAUCCAGGAGACUUUGGGGCAAAGGCUGUAUGAAGUUUCCUUUAAAGCUGUGAUGAAAAUGUAAUUUGAAAUUGACACAUCAGCCCUGAGUACUCUGUAGAGAGCCUUGGGGAAAGUGAAGUCGUCUUCAGUCAAAACAGAAAUGAUCUAAACGUAUGCCAGGCCCUCUGAUUUCUUGGACACAGUAGCAUCCAACCUUUUUAUCCAGCCUCUCUGUAAAACAAAAUGAACUAGAUCCUAAGUCGAAUUCCUUCCUCUGUUUUUACAGCUCACCUGUAUGAACUUCCACCUAGGCUGACAUGUUUUACAGUAUUUUAUGGACUUCAGUCUGUGUACUUCAGUCUCUCCCUGCCACCCCAAAAUCAGUGAAAAGAUGUGUUGUGCAUGCACUGCAUCCAGAUUGGUUUUAAUUCCGUGGUAAUCCUUUGGUACUUUGGCCUCUGUGUGUGUGUACAUAGUGCAAACUUUGGGAAAAGAAUACUUUUACCAAGUACACUCCCAAGACUGAUGGAUGAGAAAGGAGAUGUGAUAAAGAAAUGGAAGGCCUCAAUUAUUUCAGGAAGGGAGUUCUUAAAAACUGGAAUGUUGAAUUGCCAGAUAUUCUUUACACCUUUCAUACAUACACACAGGCAGGAGCCCACUAGGCUGAGCAGUGUUUGUGGCCAACCAAGCUGAAGGGAGGAUGUUUGAUGGCUCACCAGGUGCUUGAUACCCCAUCUUGCUGCCACUUGUUGCAGGUAGCAAAAGCAGGUGGUUUAUCCAACCUCUUGGAUGUUUUGUAUGGCUCUGGGGCUGCAUUUGGCUUGGUGGGUCACAAGUUAUGUCGUCUUGCUCUAGGUUCUUGCCCUACACAUCAUCUGGAGCUGCUGCCUGCUCCACCCCAUAGUAGACAUUUGUCCCCUCCCCCCCAUCCCUCAAUGCUCACUUCACCAUAUUGCUCAGCCCUUAUGCUCAGCUGUUCCUUUGGGAACAACACAGAGGGUUAUGGGAGGAAAGGUUCUGUCUCUGUUCCCUUCCCUUGGUUCCUGCAUUCUUCUGCACCGCCCAUGCUGGAUGUUCUUAGCACAGUUUCCCACUGUGACUCUCCACUGCCUUAUAGACAAGAGUUGCAUUGGUUGUAUCCGCUGCCUCUGGUGGCUUUCUUCUCUUUCAGCUCCUGCUAGAAGAGGCUGUUGUAAUUAUCUGUCAGGCGUGCCUGUAGUCAGGUUGGUCUAGCAGUGGCUGCUGCACAGUCGUUUUGACCUUUACUUAAUUUAUCUAAGUUAUUUAUCUGGGAAAGACUGUCGGCAGUUUGUGAGAGAGUGUGAGCACAAUCUCUUGUAAAUGCUGUUGGUUUGAAACGGGUGGGGUGGGGUGGGGAAUUUCUUGUAAUGGAUUUCAGAGGAACUGUAAUUUAAAUUAUUUUGGGGUGAUGCUUCCUUCCCCCUGGUGCAAGAAACUAGUUCCAGCUGAUCUUUUUCCAAAUUUCCUUGUAAAGCAUUUAUUAAGUGAGAUUUAAAAAUAUUGUGCUUUUUUUUUUUUUUAAAGUAAGCAACGUGGUUGAAAUAUCUCUUUUGGGUUGGGGGGAAUUAAAAUGUUAAAUGGCAA